UCAUGGGGCCCCCGGGCAAUAGGGGAUCAUGGGGCCCCUGUGUCCUUGCCCAAACUCAAAAAAGCCUAUGAAAAAGGUACCAGUGGCAUCUCAUGGGGCCCUCUACUGACCCCGGGCCCUCGGGCAGUGCCCGAGUUUCCAAAUGUUCAGUCCGCCCCUGAUUUGCUUUACUGGUGCUAUCAUAAACAGUGUACGGGCAUAUGCAAAACAUAGAAAGCAUUCUGUAUCUUUCAUACACCUGUAUGUUGUACUCAUGUUUCUGAUAGCACCACUGU